UGUCCGUGAAAAGUCGUUUGUAUUGUUAGUUCUACAAAUGCUGCCUUCAUAAGCAAGCAAGUUCAGUGCAAAUUUGCAGGUAUAUUUAUUAUCAAAAUAAGCAAAAGUUGUUAAUAUAACGAAUAAAACGUAGAACAAAAUAAAUGAUCGAGUUACUGUUCGAAUGCAAAUAACCGGGCGCAAUUAGCAAAUAGAACAUUAAUUCGAGACAUCGCACUGUCUGCUCCGAACAUUAUUUGAAACUUUUAUCGCUUACGGAAUUAAUUAAGACGACUAGAACGUCAGGUUGUCAAAAGAUUGUAUUAAACUAAUUAAUUCUGCCGAAGAUUUCUACCAGAAGGUAACGAUAAAAAGGAGCGACGCACGUCAGAAAAGUGGCUAAUUGCAAAAAAUUCCGACGAGGCAAGAAAGGAAAUAAAAAACGCCAGUCUAAAUCGACGAUAAAUUUCGAUACUUCUAAUAAAGUAAAGCUAAUCAUUUACAAAAUGAAGAUACCGCUUCUGAUUCUUUGUAUGGCUGUAGUGUACGGUACCUGCCGGACAUAUAAUGAAGGAGAUCACGUGACUAAAGCAAUACAAAAUAAUGGAGAUUACAAAAACUAUGCAAAUAUGCCUUUCGAAAAAUCUCUCAUGAGAUACAAAAGAACCAUUUCAACAUCAGUUAUACCAACUUCGAUAAACGCACUCUUAAGCUUAUUGGGAUUUAACGAUGUUAGAUGUACAGAUGAAACCUUCAUGACUUUUAUAAAUAAUUUAUUGACUGGAAAAGAUGUAUUGUUCAAAAUAGCUUCAGCUAACAUCUCGACAUUGCUAAACCAAGAACCAUUCAAUUUCAUAAGCAGUAUAAUCAUGAGUUUUUUCAAUACAGUAUCUAACAAAAUAUUCGAAGUGGCUAAGGACUUUUUUCUAGUGGUGUUUCUACCCGCUUUGCACACGCUGCUGAAUGCAGCAAUGAAAAAUCUACCGUUACCUCCACAAAUAUCUGCUAUGAUCACCACGUUCAAUGCAAUGUAUGGUAUUUUACAAAUAUUGGGAUAUGUUAAAUAAAAUUCAGUAAUAAACAAUUUAUUAAGAUCGUAUAUAUAUAUGUGAAUAAACAACAAAUGAGAGUUUAAUGCCUAUAACGGUUGAAGCUGAAUCUUACGUUAG